AUGGAAGCCAAAGAGUUCACAACAACUAGUUAUUCGUUCAAGUGUCUCAAGUGUGUUCCAAACACAAAUGCCUCCCCCGUCACAGUUCGCCAGAGGAAUGUCCACGCAGCUCCCGUAUGGUUCGCGCUCGCAGUUUUCUAUGGCGCCAUCAUACGAGAGCUACCCACAGAUUCCACAGCAAGCGGCUUAGGAGGUCGCUUAGGAGGCGCCACCGCAGGGCUGGACCGCAGAGGAGUGGCAGCGAUUGCAGCAACAGGGGGGGGGUUACGACAGAGCUUGAUAUUAUCACGGAUUUGA